AUGGCGGAUGAGGUUGCUGCUCAAACAUAUGCAGCAAAUGAUCUAUCCCGAGCCUUCCUCCAGCCAGGUAUCGCCGACGCCGUAAAGCAUGGGUGUGAUAUUGUUAAUCCAAUUUUUGCGAAACUCCCAGUGUACUUGCAGAACAUCGGCUUCAAGGAACCAGACAGCUAUGUCAUGGGACCCCACUCUUUCACAUAUGGAAGGCCACUAUGGGAGCAUCUCGAGGCUGAGCCACGUCGAUCCAAGAUCUUCGACAAGGUGAUGAUGGCUUUCAAACAAAACAGGGAGAAUUUCGUUGAUAUAUUUCCCUGGGCCAAAGAGACUCAGCUACAGCUGCCUGAAGAUGAGGUGUUUUUUGUGGAUGUUGCCGGAGGUAUUGGACACCGAGCUAAGGACCUCAAGACACGAUACCCCAGUCUUCCUGGUCGAGUGAUUCUCCAGGAUUUGCCCCACGUCUUACCAAGCAGUACGCUUGAGCCUGAGGUGCUUGCUGGGUUGCAGGGUUGUGGAAUUGAGCUCAUGCCACAUGACAUAUUCACACCACAGGUGGUUAUCGGUUUGUUACCUUGA